AUGGAGGCAAUGUCUUACUUCACCCGACCUGCUUUUGCUUCACCUGUGAUUACACACCAGCUGCAAUUUCCACAGGAAAAAUCUAUUAGUGGCAUCCAUAUCAAAACCUAUAAAUCGCAUGGCCGUGAAGUUCGCGACGUCCACGUUACGUCGGACGACUCCAAGUUAUGUUCCUGUGAUGGAGAUAGGCAGGUUUUCUAUUGGGAUGUUGCUACUGGACGUGUAAUAAGAAAGUUUCAUGGCCAUGAUUGUGAGGUAAAUGGUGUAAAAUUCAACGAGUAUUCAUCUGUUGUAGUCUCAGCAGGCUAUGAUCAAUCAUUGCGCGCUUGGGACUGCAGAUCCCACAGCACUGAGCCAAUACAGGUUAUUGACACAUUUGCAGACAGUGUGAUGUCUGUCUGUUUAACAAAAACUGAAAUUAUUGGAAGAAGUGUUGAUGGAACUGUUCGGACAUUUGAUAUUCGUAUUGGCAGAGAAAUAUCUGAUAGCUUUGGGCAAUCUGUCAACUGUAUAUCAAAGUCAAAUGAUGGCAACUGCAUCCUAGCCGGUUGCCUAGACUCUACUGUGCGUCUUUUGGACAGAACCACAGGUGAACUGUUACAAGAAUAUAAGGGUCACACUAUUCAGUCAUACAAAUUGGAUUGCUGCCUUACUAAUACGGAUGCUCAUGUAACUGGUGGCUCUGAGGAUGGCUUCGUCUAUUUCUGGGAUCUUAUAGAUGCAUCUGUUGUGUCAAAAUUCACAGCUCAUGCCACACAUAGAAAUCUAAGUCAGAAAUCAACAUAG